AUGAAGUGGCUCGUAGCUCUCCUUCCAUUUGCUGCUGCUCUCCCCACCGUUGAGCUUGGUGAGGCCCCCCCGCCAGGCCAGGUCAAGAUCCGUGGCGUCAGCUAUGGAGGAACUGGGUGCCCGCAAGGAACCGUGAGCUCCCAGAUCAGCAGUGACAGGACUGUCAUGACGCUCAUCUUCGAUUCCUACAUUGCUUCCAUCGGCCCCAGCGUUGCGGUCACCGAGCAACGCAAGAACUGCCAGCUGAACGUGGACAUUGAAUACCCCGGCGGCUUCCAAUACUCUAUUCUGUCUGCCGACUAUCGCGGCUACUCUAACAUUGAAAAGGGCGUCACUGGCACCCUCAAGUCUACUUACUACUUCUCCGGCCAAACUGCUCAGUCUAGCACCCAAUAUACGUUCGAGGGUCCUGUCACCGGCGACUACCUCAAGCACGACGAGGCCGACAGCACGUCGGUCGUCUGGUCUCCUUGCGGCACCACAGGCAUGCUCAACAUCAACUCGCAGGUCCGCCUGACCAGCACUAACUCCAAGGCCACUGGUAUCCUCACAACCGACUCGACUGAUCUCAAGUUCACUCAAGUUGUGUACGUUCAGUGGCAGAAGUGCAACAAGUAG